UACCUCAGGGAGGGAAGGACAGGAUCAUUCCACAACAGGAUUUGAAACUGAUCAACUCUCCAGCCCAGCCAUCCAGCACAGCCUGCUAAGUCUCUGUGGCUGUCAGCUUAACUCUGCCGCUGGUUCCUGUGGGGUAGGGGAGUUAAAUAGGACACAGACUCGGAGAGGAGCAAACCUCUUUGCUGGGAGUCAAGGAGGCAGAGAAAGAGAGGAAAGAAGGUAGAAUUUGGCCAGAGCCCAGGCUGAUAAGCAGAGCAUCUCAAGAUUAGUCAGACCGCUGUUCAUUCCUGCAAGAAAGUGUGCCAGCCUGGCUGGCUGGCACAAGAUACCACGGGGAAAACAGUAACCAUCAUGCUGUCUCUGAGUGGAGGCUACUGGUGGAGCAACAGGCUUUCCCUGAGAUGGAGAAAAACUAGCUUGCUUGCCUGUUGGCUUUCAUUCUGUGCAGCAGAGUCCCUCAUUGCUUGCCCCUCCCUUUGCAAAUGCAACAACGGUACUCUGGAGGUGGACUGUAGUGGUUUGGGCCUUUCAUCAGUUCCCUUGGACAUUCCUACAAAUACCAGGACCUUCCUUUUCCUCAACAACCAACUCAGCAUUUUGCCAGAACAAACUUUUUCCAAUUUCUCUGCCCUCCAGAGACUGGAUCUUUCCAACAACUUCUUAGACCAACUUCCUGAGAACAUUUUCAGAGACCUAGUAAACCUCACUGAACUACAGCUGAGGAACAACAGCAUCAGGAGCCUGGAUAAAGAUCUUCUGCAGAACACUGUUCUUUUGCGUCAGCUGGACCUCUCCAUCAAUGGGCUUGCUCAAAUCCCCUCAGGCAUCUUUGAUGACCUGCCCUCUCUCCGUUGGCUUUCCCUCAGGUCAAAUCGCCUGCAGAAUUUGGACAGGGUGACCUUUGAGCCUUUAGUUAGCCUGCGGCAGUUGCAAGUGGGGGACAACCCCUGGGAAUGUGACUGCAACCUGAGAGAUUUCAAAUACUGGAUGGAAUGGUUCUCUUACAGAGGAGGAAAGAUAGACCAACUGGCAUGUACCCUGCCUAAGGAGCUACGGGGGAAAGAUAUGCGCAUGGUGCCCAUGGAGAUGUUUAACUACUGUUCCCAGCUGGAGGAUGAGAACAGCUCUACUGUACUGGACAAUAUUGGUCCUCCUUGCAGUAAGGGAGCCCCAACUGCUCCCAAGCCUAAAACAACAACUCCUGAAGCAGAAGAGGAUCCCAGUGUGGGUUGCCCCCAGAAACAAAGAUACCGGCCUGUCAGUGUACGCCGAGCCAUUGGCACAGUCAUCAUAGCUGGGGUGGUUUGUGGCAUCGUGUGUAUUAUGAUGGUAGUGGCAGCAGCAUAUGGCUGUAUCUAUGCAUCUCUCAUGGCUAAGUACCACCGGGAGCUGAAGAAGAGGCAGCCAUUAAUGGGUGACACAGAAGGCGAACAUGAGGAACAAAAGCAGAUUUCCUCUGUGGCAUGAAUACCUUAUUGGAAAUUAGUGGCAGAAGAGAACAGGAUAUGUUUUGGGCCUUUUCACAUCUUCCAAGACGUACAGAUUGACUGUGCUGCUGUUCCAUUUAUCCAAUUAGUAAAACAUGCUUCUAGGUUCAGAACACCUGGCUCUGGGUUCAAGUCCCUCUCACUUGCCUCUGUCCUCAUGUACUUCCAAGUGAAUAAACUGUAGUCAGACCUCAAGUGCUUAUCAUUUUUCCUCUUUGCACAAGACUCCCCACAGAUGCUCAUUUAUGGGGAAGUUCAGCCAACCUAGCACUAUCUUGCCUCUGCUUCAGUUCCUGAGUCCUUCAGAAAUUCCCAUA